AUGGUAAAUGUACCCAAAGUCAAAAGCCCUGCUGGUCGACGGUUGAGAAUGAUCCCGUUCACGUGGAUUGUCUCCGUAGUGGCUGUGGCAACGUGCGCGAAUCUCGCAUGGAUACAGAUCCUGUCGACGCAGACAACCUCUGGAUUGCACGUCCGCUCCGUUACGACAGAAUUUGGAAUGCCAAACUCCCAACCAUCGGCCAAGAACCGCUUGUCGCUUCAACGAAAGACUCCGACAAAGAACAAUGGCACUACAACACUCCAGAACGAAUUACCAACAUACGUAAAGACGCCGGAACAGCGUCGCCCUUUUUCUACUACCGUUACUACUACAUUCACAGGGAAUGCAACGACGCGGACUCCAGAGACUGGAACAACAUCAUCCGGAACACCUCCGCGUUCCAAUCAUUCUACAUCCGUUCCCCCGCAACCUGCCUCACAACACCAAGACCUUUUACUACACAGCACUGCAAGCCUUUUCCCGCACCCAGCCAAGUCCAUGCUUCUGAUACGCGCUAUCGGGAACUCUCUCCCUCCGCGUCACAGCGCGUCACAGACCUUGGACAAUCUGGAUUUUCUGCUCGAGCACGAGGAACGUUUUCCCAACAUGACCCGCCACUGGUUCGUGAAUCGAAUCGUUGACAAGAAGCAAGAGGAACAGGUACUGGAGCGACUUCGUCGAUCCAACGAAUCGUUUUCGGUCAUUCCCUUCGACAUUGCCGAAUACAGUGCUCUUCCCUAUCACCAUCUACCAGACGAUCUCAUCCAUUCCGUCCUGUAUCAGACGACUUUAUCGAUCGAACAGAAGCUCAUGCACCACAGGCUUCUCUACGCAAUCAACGUCAACGGAGUCCGCAACGCCAUGCUGGACUUCGGUCGGACUAGGUCAAAGGAAGAGUACGUUUUGCCCUGGGACGGCAACUGUUUUGUCACCAAACAAGCAUGGUCCGCUAUGCAAAUUGCGUUCCGAAACCAAGCGUCCGCCAGGUAUUUUUACACUCCAAUGGACCGACUCUCUCAACCCAAUGAGGCUCUGCUUUCGGAAUCCUACCAACCCCAUCCCAAAGAGGAGCCCCAGAUCAUUUUUCACAAAGACAGCGUGGCUCGGUUCGACCCCACGCUCCGUUACGGAAACCUGAACAAGAUAGAGCUUUUGGUCCGUUUGCGCGUACCAGGAAAACCGGCUGCCUUGUGGGACACGUAUAAGGACACCGAUCAGAAAAAGGCAUCGGCAAUGCUACCGCCGACCGACAUGCACAAGACAGUUGGAGCAUCGCUCGCUGGAUGGACCACUCGCCUCUACUCUGGAAAUGCUGAGGCUGAGGCUGUUGGUGGAGUCCGCCGUCGAGUGGCGUCGCGAAACACUGCCAUUUUGCGGUUGAUCGAGCGGCUCGAUUUGAGGGCAGCUACCGAAUUGUACGGAUUGUCGUCCUCCAGUGUGCUCUUCUUCAACGUGACUAAGUUGCAGAUUGAGCGUGAUCUGUGGAAAAGGGGAGACCCAACACCUCCAAUCCGCAACUUGAUCGAGGCAGCGGAAGAAGUUUUACUGUCGCCGGACAUGAUCAGCGUCGACGCAGUCCCUGAAGACAAUGAUGCUAACCCACAGAAAAACCAUUUCCACUUUGAGCUUCAAUCAAUGAUGAAUGCUACGACCAUUCUAGCUCUAACAGGAUUUAUCACGGAAAACAGUACGUAUUCGACCAAAGCAGCUAGCAUUCUACGAUCCUGGUUUGUGGAGCAACAGACGCGUAUUGCCUGGGACUUGGAUAAACAAUACUCGUCAAACUCAACAUUCCCCGCAAAAACAAAUUCUUCUGCCAGCGAGAAUAUUUUCCGUCGUAGCAACGACAUAAUGAUGAUGGACAUGACAAACUUGGUAUAUCUCCUUGACGCCGUAAAAAUUUUGGAAUCGAAGGGUGACGUACUUUCUAUUUCGGAUAGGCUUGGUUUGCAAGAAUGGUUUGGUCACUACCGUCAGUGGGUGACAACGACUUCACACGCCAGGAUGGUGUACACGGCUAGCAAUCAUAUGGGUGUAUUUUACGAUGUGCAGAUGGCCGCUUUGACUCUGUACUGCAACAAACUACUUGAUACCGUCCGAAUUAUGCAUCGAUCCAUCUCCCGAGUCCAAUUACACGAGAAGACGCUGGCAAACGCUCCGUUGCAAAAUCAGAAUGGUACUAAUAUGACGGAUAGUGAAUCUGAGGGCUGUGAUUCAGAUCUUCUUCUGUUGCAGGGAUGGUCUGUAAUGAGCAGACUUGCAGGUACAAUUGGAGUAGACUAUUGGCAGUUACUCCGGAGGGUUAAAGGGAGUACUGACAGUGCACUGUGUUCAGUCAUGUUGAAGAGUAACCCUUUGUUAGACCCAAGUCGAGAGUUGUGUUUGAAAGAUCAUGGCGCAAACGCCAUGGGGCGCGCCGAGUCUAUUCGUCGAUGGUGGCCCGUGGCUGUUGAUGCGGCGCGAAAUUGCAUGUAUCAUUCCAGUUCACUACCAAGUUGGGAUAUUGAUACAAAGUGGGGGGUGUCAUUGGACGAACGUUCACCGACGAGCAUGUACGAGACACCGGUGUUCUUCGCGUUACUCGGUGAAGCCUCUCAGAAGAAGCUGCAAUUAGUCGAACAAGUUGGCUAG